UUAUAGUGAAAACGUAUUCUACCCCUCUGCACAAAGACCAGUGUGCAGUCGCAGUCUCCUCCACGCUGUGAGUGCGCAGCGCCUGCACAGAUCGCUCCACUUUUGGAACUUAACCACAUUGCUUGAACCUGCAUACCUUUACUGCUGUUUUCUCGGCCGUGAACGACCCUCAGUGUUCCGCUGUGGCUGUUUUCCAGCAGAUACUCCGAGCCCGAAAACCGUCGGGACCAGUGAAGAGAGAAGCUGCGGAGUGGUCUGGAAACUUUUGCCAUCAUGAGCUCGCAGACGGUCAACCUUGAUACCUACAGCCUGUCGUUGCUCACGGCCAAAGAGGACAUCCUCAACCCCCGUUCCUCCACCAACUGGGCAAUAUUCGCAUAUGAUGGAGUCACCAACAAGCUCAAACUGGCUGACUCAGGAGCGGGUGGUGUGGCAGAGCUGGCAGGGAAGUUUCACAUCUCCAAGCCUCAAUAUGGACUGUGCAAAGUGGGAAGUGUGGAGACAGGAGGCCCCCGGAUUGCAAUGAUCAGCUGGGUCGGCCAAAAUGUGGAUGACUUCCGAAGGACAGAAUGUGCCAGCCACAUUCCAGCCAUUAAAAGCUUCUUUAAGGAAGCGCAUGCGUUCAUUAGUGCAGAGAAAGUGGAGGAUGUGACAGAGGAGAAGAUAAGAGCAGAGCUCAGCAAGGCCCAGGCCCAUACUCCCACACAGUGGGUGAGAAGGAGCUCCAGGUCUGCAGACAAGGAGGACUUAGUGGGUACAAACUACAGAAAAACUAAUGCUGCAAUGGAGAUGAGACGAAUAAACAGAGACUCCUUCUGGGCACGUGCAGAGCGUGAAGAGGAAGAGAGGAAAGAAGAGGAGAAGAGACGAGCAGCAGAGGAAAGACGCCGCCUCGAAAGAGAAAGAAUUUCAAAGGAGCGGAGGGAUGCAGAAGAGAGAGACAGAAAGAUGAAUGAGAAGCUACAGAUGAUUGAGGAGCAGAGAAGAAAACAGGCAGAGCAAGAAGAAGAGCUGCGCAAAAAGGAGAAAUUCAGAUGGGAUCAGGACCAGAGGGAGCAUAUGGAAGAUAUGAGGGCUCGUCUGAGAAGGAGUGAGUCUAUAGAGAAAGCAGCAGAGGCAGCAGCAUUAGUGUCCCAGCGCUCCAUAAACCCAAGGGAGUUCUUCAGGCAGCUGUCAUCAUCAUCAUCACAAAGCCCCACCAGCCCCGGAUCCUCCCGCACUGGCAAACCAUUCAGACGAUACCAGCGCAGCCUGACAGAUACAGCCUUCAUCUUCUCUAAAGCAGAAGACAGCACAUCAUCCUCCCCUUACAGUUCACCCCUGGUCUCCCCCUUCUCCCGGGCUCCUCCUUCCCCUAUCUACCGCACCACGUCGCCCCCCACAAGCCCCGAUUUCCGCCCCGUCACCUCUCCACAAAGGCCCAGAGCCCCCAUGUCACAGCCUACAUCACCUCUUCGGCCUGCCCCUCCAGCCUCGGCCCUGCCCAGCGUUCCACAAACUAACAACCAAGAGCAGGCUGAGCCCAAACCACCGUCACCCACACAACCUUCUGCACCUCCAGCCUCCCCUACUCUCUUGGCUUCCUCGUCCCCCAGUUUAGUAAAUAACAAGCUCUCUCAGUCACAUCCAGAGGCCCUGCCCGCCUCGCCCCCAAAUACACCAAUCCAGCCAGAGCACUCUGCUUUCUGCUUCGAGCAUGGUGUAGCUCCACAGGCUCCAACAGCUCCUCUUCCAGAGAAACCACAGCCAAACACAGACCUCAACACAUCCACUCAUGUGCACACUGAGCUGGUCUCAGACGUUGGCUACAAAGUGCAGGCUGUACUGGUGGAGGAGGACGAGGAAGAGGAUGUGGAGGAGCACGAGGAGGAGACGGCUGAAACACAACCACAGCCUUGCACUGUUGCCACAGAACCAGUCCAGGCCGAGGCAGGAGAGCAGGACAAAGAGGAGGAGGAAAAGAAGAAGGAAGAGGACAAGGAGGAAGAGGAGGAGGGAUUAAAACAGGAUGCUGAGCAUGCACUACUUGUGGAUCCAGUGGAAGUGGUGCAGGAGGAAGAGGAGGCAAAGGAAGAUGGAGAGGAGAAUGACCAAUCAGGAGACAGUCAGGCCCACUCUGAGCCUGCUGAGUUUGCUGAGUCAGCAGUCACUGAUGCCGAACCAAUUUGUCAAGUAAUCAAACACGAGACUGUCGUCCUGUCAACCAAUGGGAUUACCAAUGGAGAGGACAUAGAGGAAGAGAAUGGCAUAGAGCGAUCUUUGAGUCCAUCUGACACAGAAUUCAGCUCACCAGAGCUGGCUGGCUGCUAUGAUCUUCAUGGCACAGCAGAGGAGGAUGACGUUGUUGAGGAUAAGGAACAGAUGAUCUCAGAAAAUGGACAAGAGGUUUUAGCCGAGAGACAAAUGUGCGUCCGAGCUCUUUAUGACUACCAAGCAGAGGACGAAUCUGAGAUCUCUUUUGAGCCCGGUGACAUCAUCAAGGACGUGGAAACGGUGGACAAAGCCUGGUGGAGGGGAUGGAGCAAAGAUGGCCGCCAAGGCUUGUUCCCUGCCAAUUAUGUGGAGACCAUAUAGGCAGGCAGAAACACACUAGCACACACAAACACACAUAUACACACACACACACACACACACACACACACACACACACACACACUCAGGGAUGCCAUCUCCCCUCACAUUUGUGCAUGUUUUUUGUUUUUUUUACCUUAAUCCUCCCACUGAAACUUUGUACUCUCUAUUUUGUAGGAAGGAUAAAGAAAAAUGUGACUCCCUGUUUUGUAAAAAGCAUAAAGGAAAGUGUGACUCUCUAUUUUGAUGUUUUGUUUUCAGUAAAACAAAAUAGUCUCACAAGUAUGCAGAAAUUACCCAGCCUCAUUUUCUUGGAUAAAAUAGCAGAGACCUUUUCCUGGACCAAAAUAACUUAUUUCCUUUUGAGAUACAGCAGGAAUGUUGGUGGGAGGGAUCAGAUCACGAUGACAAAGGAUCACAAACUUGCUUUUAUUGUGAGAAACACAAACAGAUUUUUAUAGUGUAUCGUCUUCUUUUUGAUCCACACAUAUAACAAGCAUCCCAUUCUGCUCACCGUUUGCUUUGUGUGUUACAUUGCUAAAAAAAAUUGUACUGCUCUUGACUGGUAUAUAUAAUCAAGAUACAUGUAUCAGCCAUCCUCUUAUAAUCAUCUUCCUGUAUUUCCUGAGUUAUGUGUCACACUUUUUAGUUACUGACAGUCUCACUGCACAUUUUAAUGACCAGAACAGCAGCAUAACAAAAGAUAAACAAGCAGAGGAAAAAGGCACCUGUAUCGCUCUAUCACACUUUAAGAUAGGCUGUAUUUUGUUCAUAUGGUGACGGCCUUUCACACAUUUUAUGUCAUCUUAAUUUUUCCUAGAUUUUACGGAAUUAAAGCAUUAUGUCGACACAGACAUGAAAAAAAAAUAUCUUCCUAUUGUAAUCUUCUGUAAUAUCUUAAUAAUCUGCACUGUAUAUAAUAAUGUAUAAAACAACAUCAAAGAUCUUCUCCUUUUCUAUACUUGGCUUGUGUUUGUAUGCUGUAUGCUUGUUUGAUGGAAUGUAUGUUCUUUGUAUUUACUCGAAAACUUACAAAUAUAUAGCAUCUACGAACUCAAA